UCCUGAUUCAGAACUUCAAUAUUACAGUGAUUAGUUUAUCAUACACUUACAUUUUCAAAAAAAAGAAAGUUUAUCAUACACUUCCUAAUGGGGAUAGAUUUGAAUAGGGUCACCAUUGUUGAGAUUGUACUUAGAGUUUUCAUAUUCUUAGUCUUCUUUAGGAUAUCAACUUCAGAUGAUCUACCUGCAAAUUUUGUAUUCGGAGAUUCUCUAGUUGAUGUUGGAAACAAUAACUACAUUGUUUCGUUCUCAAAGGCUGAUUUUUUACCCAAUGGCAUUGAUUUUGGAAGACCAACCGGGAGGUUUACUAAUGGAAGAACCAUUGUCGACAUCAUGGGUCAAGAAUUGGGUUGUGGCCUCACCCCACCUUAUUUGGAACCCACUACAGUUGGACCAGUGGUUCUGAAAGGUGUCAAUUAUGCCUCUGGUGGGGGUGGAAUUCUCAAUUUCACCGGAAAAGUCUUUGUGGGAAGACUCAACUUAGAUGCACAGAUUGACAAUUUUGCAAAUACCAGACAGGACAUAAUCUCUAACAUUGGACCUCCUUUGGCUCUCAAUCUAUUCAAAAAGGCAUUGUUUUCUGUAACAAUAGGCUCAAAUGAUUUCAUUAAUAACUACUUAACACCUGGAGUCACAUUUUCUGAGCAUGGUUUUUCAUCUCCAGAACUCUUUGUGGCCUCCAUGAUAGCAAGACUCAGAUUACAGCUCACAAGGCUAUUCAAUCUGGGAGCCAGAAAAAUUGUUGUGGCCAAUGUGGGGCCUAUUGGGUGCAUACCAAAUCAGAGGGAUACAAAUCCAACUGCAGGAGAUAGCUGUGUCACUUUCCCUAAUCAGUUAGCACAGUUAUUUAACAUCCAGUUGAAGGGUCUAAUUGCAGAGCUCAGUUCAAAUCUGGCAGGUUCAUUGUUUGUAUAUGCAGAUGUCAACCACAUAUUAGAAGAUAUACUCCAGAAUUAUGCAGCAUUUGGUUUUGAUAAUCCAUCUUCAGCUUGCUGUUACAUGGCUGGGCGGUUUGGGGGUCUGAUCCCGUGUGGUCCAACAUCAAAGGUUUGUUGGGACCGAUCAAAGUAUGUGUUCUGGGACCCUUACCAUCCUACUGAUGCUGCAAAUGUUAUCAUCGCUAAGCGCCUCUUGGAUGGUGGCUCUAGUGAUAUUUGGCCAAUGAAUAUUCGCCAACUUUAUCAAUUAUAAACUUGUUUCUUCUGCUGAAAAUGGGUGUUUAGAGAUUGAUUCCUUAGUAGAUUUACAUUUUCUGAUUAGUACAGGAAACAAUUAUAUUGAUAAAUGUCUAUAGCAAUUGAAGCAAAGAUGACAUUUGCUGCUAGGGAAUUGUCAAAGUGCCUCUUGAAACCUCAAAGCUGAAAUAUGGCUAACUGAUA